GCUUCCGUCCCGUCUCAGCCGCCGGAGGAUUGUGAGUGGACGGAUGAGGAGAGCGACGGAGCAUCCGGCGUGUGUCCGCACUCGCACUCUAUGGUUGUCCGCGCUCUGCGCUUCCCCUCUAGCCACCGGCGCUCUAUGCUCCGCGGUCUGGGGCCUCCAACCGCCAGCCGGCCGGUCGCCAGGGCUGCGCAGAGGGAGGCGGGGCGGGAAGGCGCGCGGUGUCUUCUCCCCGGAGCCGCGGGAGACCCGGGCGGGCUCCGUGACAGCGCGUCGGCCGCCAUGUCAGCGAGCGGGGCUGGAGGCCGGCGCGGCGCCCAGCGGUAGCCGUCCUUUCGCCUCCGAUUCCCAGACAUGGAAGGUAUUUAAUAUAACUUUAAAUGGUUCAGCAAAGGAUGCGCUAAUGGAUGACAGCGAUACUCCUACAUAUAAUCUGCAAAUAGAACCACAAGAUGGAUGUCAUCCUGGUGACAGCAUGGAAAGGAGUGUGACAUGCCUGCCUGCAUCAGAUGAAAAUGAAAAUCAGCUUGAUGGGGAUGGGCAUGAGCAUCUGACCAGCAGUGACAGUGCAAUGGGCAAACCCAAAACGUCUGAGCAGGACAGUCUCAACAACAAUGAAAGCUGUGCUGUGAGCUGCGAGGUGGCUGCAGGUGAGGACUCGGAAAACACUGUUUGCGAAGGCUCCAGAGAUGAACAGGCCUUCUUGGGAAAGGACAAAAAAAUACCUGGAAAAAGAAGUGCAAGAAGCAAAAAAGGGGCUGCCAAGAGGAUGCCACCAGGACUUUUUUCAGGAGAUAUUGCACCUUUAAUGCAAGAAAAAAUAUUCAGUGCAGUCACACAUGCUGUUGGUGAUGAAGAAGCUGCUGAAGUAAAUGCUAAUGAGCAGCCGGAAGUACCGAAGCUCGUUCUGCAGUCUUUGUUUUCACUGAUACGAGGUGAAGUUGAGCAGUUGGAUUCAAGAACACUUCCCCUUUGCCUUCAUCAGAUAGCGGAGUCCUAUUUCCAGGAGGAGGACUAUGAGAAAGCAAUGAAAUUCAUUCAGCUAGAACGAUUGUAUCAUGAGCAAUUGCUCGCAAAUCUUUCCGCCAUUCAAGAACAGUGGGAAACAAAAUGGAAAACUGUGCAACCACAUACAGUUACGCCUCUAAGGAAUUCAGAAAAGGGAUUUAAUGGUGAAGAUUUUGAACGGCUUACUAAAAUUUGUGCAACACAUCGAGAUCCUCUUUUAUCCAAACACAAGAUAGCAGUUGUGGAGAAGUCCCCAGAAAGGAAAUGCUCUACACAGCUAAUAGUGUCUGAAGAUCCAAAGGAAACAGGAGCUACCACCAAAGUGUCAGAGAGUAAAACUUGUCUUCACACAAAACCAAAUAAAGAAAGCCAACAUAAAGAAGAGCCCUUGGAGAGCUGUCCCUGCCGUAGUCAGAUGGACGGGCAGGCCAAUUCCCCAGGCCUUUCGGUAACUGCAGGAAAGGACCACAUGGAGGAGCCGCUGUGCAGCGCUGAAGCCACGUUAGCCCUCCACACCCAGUCCUCGGAGACGGCAGGGAGCCCGUCUGGGCCAGCCGCUUCUGAGAGUGCUUGUGAAGAUGACAGUCCCUUGCAGCUGGCUCACACAGCGGCCUGCCAGGGUGUGGCCAAAACAGAGGGCACUGCUGAACACCCUAAGGUGUUUCCUUCCAGCGAGUUAGCGAUAGAGCCAUUGAUUUUACCAGGCUGUGACCAUAUACCUCCUUCGUUGAUUUCUGAGCGUAAAUAUACACAGGCUCAAAGAAAAGAACUCCAUUUGCCACUUCGGGAUGCUUCUGAGGCAUUACCCACAGACCAACUUGAGAACAAUAAAUUAAAUGAGCUGCAGCAGGCUGGUCUCACGGACAGUGAUGGAAAAUCACCACAGGGUCAGGCUGACUCAGAGGGCUCUGAGAAUGUGCUCUGUGGAAAUGAUAAAAUAUCUGACUUAGGCACACCGCUUCCAGAGGUGUAUAUGGCCCCAGAGGAAAAGGGAGAUAAAGAUGACCAUCUCAACAAAGAAACAGAAGACUAUUUGAACAGUUUUUUAGAGGAAUGUUUAAAAGAUACCGAAGAUUCGCUUUCAUCUGAAGAUAACCAAGACGACGACUCUGAUCUCCUGCAAGAUCUCUCUCCUGAAGAAGCGUCCUAUAGUCUUCAGGAGAAUCUGCCUUCCGAUGAAAGCUGUCUUUCUCUUGAUGAUCUUGCCAAAAGGAUAGAGAUUGCAGAGGUUGUUCCUGCUGAAGGAUUGGUCUCAAUAUUAAAGAAGAGGAAUGAUUCUGUAGGAGAUCACCCUGCCCAAAUGCAGCAGAAACCAUCUAAGCGAAGAGUGAGGUUCCAAGAAAUAGAUGAUAACCUGGAUCAAGAUGAAGUUGGCGGUGGCUCCUGUAUUUUGCUGAUAUUGCUGUGCAUAGCAACGGUUUUCAUUAGUGUUGGAGGAACUGCAUUAUACUGCAGUUUUGGUGACAUGGAGUCACCUGUUUGUACAGACUUUGCAGACAACAUGGACUUCUAUUACACUAAGUUACUGCAGGGAAUGGCAGAGCUGAGACACUGGAUCUACCUCUCCUAGCAACAUCCAGAGACAGACAUGCUGGCAGUGAGAAUGAAAGAUGCGAAACUUUCUCAACAGUUUUUACUUCAGGAGUUCUGUAACAUUCCCCCUUCCCCUCUGUUAGAAACCAAGGACAUCAGAAAUAGCAACUUUAAGUGGCAAUCCAGAGGAACUCUGUUAGAAUCAUCCACAUAAUGAGGCCAAUAUCGAUCUAAGCAUUGUGGAUGGCAGGAAUGAUCUUGGGAGAGCAUACCCAUCUCCUCCUCACUGCCUCCUAAUGUAAUGAGGUACCCUGAGCAGAGUUAAACAGAGUAGUCUGGGAACCACACUAUUUUUAGCUGCCUUUUGGUUUACACUUGUUGGUUCAUAGAAAUUGCUUUCCGCCAUCACGCAAUCAGCUCCUUUGUGUAAUCAAAAGGAGUUACCUUAUAGUUUCAGUGUCAUUUUUAGUUAACCUUGGGAACUGUGUAAUUUAGGCUUUGCACAUGACUUCAGUUGUGUUCUCCACUUAUGAAAUGAUUAUGUGUGUGUUCACGUGUGUGCGUGUGUGCGCAGGUGGUUCAGGCAGUUAUCAUAAGCAAAUACCCAACAUAGAAUAGCAAAGAUUAUCUUUAUUCUCUUAAGUCAAUGGUGAUGUGCAGGCACAAAUCUUUGAAGAAGGCUCAGCUGUGGAAUAGAUGAAAUUAUAGAAAUCUUGACCCUGCAAUGAGACACUGUGACAGAUUUGUGUCAAUUAACUUGAUUAACUACCCAGAAAUUAAUCCCAGGCCUAGAGACAAAAAUCGAAAGCUCCCCUUGAGUCUCAGGCAACAGUUUUGCAAGGAUUCAAAGCUUCCUGAAAUGGUAACUGAUGGACUCAAUUCAGCAAACGGUUAUACCUGUUAUGUUCUGAGAUUCUAAGAAGCAGAAUGGAAACAUAAGGAAGGUACAGUUCCUGCUAUAGAUGUUUUAAUCCUGAUCUUAUGUAAAAAUAAACCAAACUUUGGUGAGUGAAAUCACCAUAUAGAAUUCAGUAUUCACAGAUUGUGCAUUCAGAUGCUUGAAUGUGCAUUCUUACUGUGGGCUUGAUCUAGCUUCUGUUGUAGGGUCCGUACACAAAAAUUCAGUCAUACCUUCCAUAGACAAAUGCUUGAUUUUUAUUUAAAUCUGUCUGUUAGGUGGCCUUUCCUUACCUAAGGUAUAGUGGUCUAACAUUUAGGAAGCCUUGCUUUGACUUUAUUAGGCAGCAUUAAAAAAAAAAAACAAAAAAAAACCAUGAAUUAUAGUUUUUUAGCAAGUGGUCAUUGUUUCCUGUUUUUCUGUUAAGAUCAUUUGAAAGAAAAAGGGAGAACUCACUUUCUAGUUGUUACUGGCUGGCACAGUACCUCCCUUUGUGUUUCUGCUUAUUUAUUUAGAUUAUGUGAAUUUUAAAGGGCUUUUUAUGUAAGUUGAAAAUGUGUUACUGCGCAUGCAUUUGGUUAUCCCAAUGCUAGAUAUUUAAUUACUGUGUACUUAGAGUUUUGAUUUUCUAUAAUUUCAAUUCAUCGUGUUUUUACACUUGCUUAUUUUAAAUUGAUGUUUCAUUUUCACUUAUAAUACUGUUUGACUUGUCUCUCUCACGUCACCAUAAACGGUAAUAUUUUCAAGGGUUAUAGAUCAAAGAUAUUUAUUUAGAAAUGUACAAGAUACUGAAAUUUAGAUUCCUUAUACUUAAGGCUGAUUUUAUUAGAAGAUUAUUUUAAUGUUCUAUUAUAAAUUUUAAGAAUUUGUAUUCAAAUUGUAUGUAAAAUAUGUAAAAUGUUGACGGUACUAUAUUAAGUGGUUCUAUAAAAGCUGUUCACAAGUUCUACUGUGACGGACAUUCUCAUGAUAGACAAACCUCUUCUGUUUUAUCCUCAAUUUCUAGUUACAGAUAUUUGGUGAUACUUAUUUUUGCCAAUUUUAUGUCAAAAUAAGUUGAAACUUCCCUCCUGUUCACCUCUUGGGUCACUAUCCUGUAUAACUUCUGGUGUGAUAUUUGCCCAGGGGCACCAGAGACACUUCUGAAACCCAGGAUCUCCUGGGGACCUUCACACCACUGAGAUGAAAGCGUUGAGAUCAUACCUCGCUAAUCAGGGACCCAGUUGUGUCUCAGAGAAACCACAGGUGUCCUCACCACUUCCCAGGGAGGGGGAGGUGAGCUUGGGAGCAGAGUGAUGUUUUGACUUAAAAUAGGCAUGAAAUUGCAACUAGAAAAAUUAGGGCAAUUAAAAAAAAAAUGUAAUAGUCACUUAUUGCAUGAACUGGAGUAACUCUACCUGGUGGUGAAAGGAUUGUUGUUUCACACAUAAAACAUUCAUCCAGUUUUACUAAAAUGUAAUUUCUUCUGUCAUUUGAAAGUACUGACAACUAUUUGUAACUAAUCUUCCUUAAGAACUGUAUUUGAGGGUAUCAAAUCAAGCUUGUAACUUAAAAUCUAUACCAACAAAGUGUCUCAGAGAGUUUAUUUGAACCCCUAGAUGCUUUAAAGUGAAAGUGUAAUUUGAGAAGUUGGUCUGGCCCUGCAAGUAGACAGUCAUCUAUUUGGGGAGACCAAAUAGGUCCUUAAGUAAAGACUCUUCUGCUUUAAAAUACCUCCCCCGUCUGCCUGACACAGUAGCUGAAAAUCAUAUUACAAAUUCAUUCUUUUAGAUUUCAAAACAAAAAUGUUCUGGA